ACGCUGCAAUGUAACAAUGACAGCACACCAACCUGUCGUGAUUCAGUCUGUGGAUGAAUUGUUAAGUUGUGUAAAAAGUUGCAAGGAUUGUUGUAAAGGAGACUAUAUUUCAUUCCAUUGUCCGUUAUGUCCACCGUCAAAGUUCAAGCCAACAAGGAAGAAGAAAGUAGAGAACCAUUUGAGAGCUGUACACUGGAAAGCACGCGUUGAGGGACAAAAUGGUUGAUGUGAUCGACCAGUAUGUGGAAGGCUUGUUGACAGACAGAGAUUCAAAGUGGUCCGAGAGCUCUGAGCUGGAGAUUUUCUUGACAAAUCCGAGAAGGGAAUUUCUAAAGGGCUUUGGUUUCGGUUAUGUCUUGGACUUGGCUUAUACAUAUCUCGAAGCCUAUGUGGAAAAAAAGUUCUUCAAAUUGAAGCUUAGGGACAAACGGCGCCCCGCCACAUCUGGAUUUGUACACAAGUUAGUCCAGCUACCAGGAACCGAGCGAAUUCAGAAGAUUUUAAAUGUGGAUGGGUACGAAGGGACAGUCAGGAAUAGGAGAUGUAAGGAAGCUUUGGUUCGGGAUGUAGUCACACUGCUUGUAUCCAACAAACUGCACAUAUCUUUACCAGAAGCAAGACGGAGAUGCUGUCAAACUGAACAUUCAUCGUUACACACGGCACUUAAAAAAAGUGAACAAUUAAGAGCACACCGCUUAAUCAGCCGUACCGAGUCGUAAAUGGCAUGUUGUGUGUGUAAAUAAUAGAUGACUGAUGAGUUGACAAUGUGUAUUUUAUAUCAUUGUUACCAUUGUAUCAUGGCUAUAUGCCUUGUACAUAUAGCCUACACCUAUAAUGUAUUUUCCAUUCCACCUCCAUACCAUUCAUUGCUUCACUUACACAUGUAUAGAAUCUUAGAAUGUACAAGAGAGUUAAUACACUAAUAAACUUGCCUAGGGUACUGCAGCAUAUGUAAUGAAACACAACUUUUAUCCGUACAUCUCAGUAAAGCGUUCUUCAGUUUAUAAUAGUUUUUCUGUAAAGGUUUUUGCAAACCGGAUGAAUACAAUGCUGUAACCAUUUUUAGGGAAAGGAACUUGUUGAAUUAGAGUUUCUGUUGGCAAACUCUCCAUGGGCGGUGGGUUAUGGCACUGC